AUGGUCUGCGUAGCAAAAUUAAGGACCAUAGACAUAGCUCGGGAUUCCCUGGAACGUCCUUGGUCGUGCGGUGGGGGUGUUGGGUAUAAAGCUCCAAGUUUAAUGUUAUUGCCACAAGAGCAACAUGGAGUUGAGGCUAUCGCGGUCUGGGUUCGUCUGUCUGCUGGUGGUAAUAGCAGCUACCUGCUCAGUUCAUUAACGAACGACCUCCUUCUCGUCAAGACGUGGGCAUAG